AUGGAUGAGGAGCGCGCCCUGUACAUCGUCCGGGCCGGCGAGGCGGGGGCUAUCGAGCGGGUCCUGAGGGAUUACAGCGAGAAGCAUAGGGCUACUUUCAAAUUUGAACCAACAGAUGAAGAUAAAAGAAAGAAACUCUGCGAAGGGAUAUUUAAAGUCCUUGUGAAGGACGUCCCAACAACAUGUCAAGUGACCUGCCUGGAAGUUCUCCGCAUUCUCUCCAGAGACAAAAAGAUUUUAGUUCCUGUAACAACCAAGGAAAAUAUGCAGAUACUGCUGCGACUAGCGAAGCUGAAUGAGUUGGAUGAGUCUUUGGAGAAGGUGUCCGAGUUCCCAGUCAUUGUGGAGUCAUUAAAAUGUCUGUGUAACAUAGUGUUCAACAGUCAGAUGGCACAGCAGCUCAGCCUGGAACUUAACCUUGCGGCAAAGCUCUGUAACCUCCUGAGAAAGUGCAAGGACCGGAAGUUUAUCAAUGACAUAAAGUGCUUUGAUUUGCGCUUGCUCUUCGUCCUGUCACUUUUGCACACUGACAUCAGGUCACAAUUGCGCUAUGAGCUCCAGGGACUACCGCUGCUAACCCAGAUCUUGGAAAGUGCCUUUAGCAUCAAGUGGACCGAUGAGUAUGAAUCGGCCAUAGACCAUAAUGGACCUCCUCUCUCACCUCAGGAGACAGACUGUGCCAUUGAGGCCCUCAAAGCUCUCUUCAAUGUGACAGUAGACAGUUGGAAGGUGCAUAAAGAGAGUGAAUCUCAUCAGUUCCGUGUCAUGGCAGCUGUCCUUCGCCAUUGUUUACUAAUUGCAGGUCCAACUGAAGACAAAACAGAAGAGUUGCACAGCAAUGCAGUCAACCUUUUAAGCAAUGUUCCGGUCUCUUGUUUGGAUGUUCUCAUUUGUCCAUUAACACAUGAAGAAACAACGCACGAGGGAACGACUCUAGAUGAACUGCCCAGUGAUAAAACAGCUGAGAAAGAAACAGUUUUGAAAAACAAUACCAUGGUGUACAAUGGUAUGAAUAUGGAGGCCAUUCACGUUUUACUCAGUUUUAUGGAGAAGAGAAUAGAUAAGGGAAGCAGCUAUAGAGAGGGCCUAACUCCAGUUCUCAGCUUAUUAACAGAAUGCUCCCGAACCCAUCGAAACAUCAGAAAGUAUCUCAAAGAUCAGGUUUUACCACCGCUGAGGGAUGUGACAAAUCGACCUGAAGUUGGCUCAACUGUGAGAAAUAAGCUGGUGCGCCUCAUGACACAUGUUGACCUUGGAGUCAAACAAAUUGCUGCUGAAUUCCUUUUCGUCCUUUGCAAGGAGAGAGUGGAUAGCCUGCUGAAAUACACUGGCUAUGGGAACGCUGCAGGACUGUUGGCGGCCAGGGGCCUCUUGACUGGAGGAAGAGGAGAUAAUUGGUACUCAGAGGACGAGGACACAGACACUGAAGAAUACAAAAAUGCAAAACCAAACAUUAAUCUUAUCACUGGUCAUUUAGAGGAACCAAUGCCAAACCUUAUAGAUGAAAUGACAGAAGAACAAAAAGAAUAUGAAGCCAUGAAACUUGUCAACAUGCUUGAUAAACUUUCCAGAGAGGAGCUGCUUAAGCCAAUGGGACUAAAGCCUGACGGGACAAUAACGCCUUUGGAGGAAGCUCUCAGCCAGUACUCCAUCAUCGAGGAGACCAGCUCGGACACGGACUAA